UUAGUUUAUAUAUAAAAGAAAUAUGUUGCUGCGGCUUACAUUGCUGCUGCUGACGCUGACGCUGGCGCAGAGCACGCGUCUGCCGCUGGAAGUUUAUGAGCUGACGCCAACGUCCAGCGCUGAGGAUGCCAAGCACAAGAGCUUGGAGUAUAGCAUCUAUGAAGCCAAAGAGUUGACAACAACAACAACAAGCACAACAGCAACACCUACUAUCAAAAGCACAACAACAACAAGCACAACAGUUGCACCAACAUUAACUGUUGCUGUGGUUAGCUUGUCAGCUGAGCAGCAAACAAAUCGACGUGCGCGUCAAAUGCUGCAGCAGCAACAUCAACUUGGCAACAGCAACAGGCAUGCGCAUGCUGCCGGCAAGGAUAUGCGCAUACUCUAUCAAGUGGGGGAAUCGGAAGCUGAUUUGCCCGUGUGUGCGCCCAAUGCGGUGUGCUCCAAAAUCGAUCUAUACGAAACGCCUUGGAUCGAGCGACAAUGCCGCUGCCCCGAGUCCAAUCGCUUGCCCAACAAUGUGGUGCUGCAUCAUCAUGAGCACAGUGGAGCACAUGGCGAGAGCCAAAAGUAUCGCAGCUACUUUGAGAAGGAGAAGCUCAUGCAGCACAAGCGCAUGCUGCUGGGCGAAUACAACACAGAGAAGAAAUACGAGAGUCUGCAUAUGAAGAAACUAAUGCAAAAACUGGGCGCAGUCUAUGAGGAUGACUUGCACUUGCAGUCGACUGAUUAUGCGGAGAACGAUGCGCUGCCCAGCUAUGAGGAGCUAACGGACAAUGAGCUGCCACAUGCUGCUGCACCAGCAACCAGAGGCUCAGCGCAUAUGCGUCACUCAGGACAUCGUGGACUGAAAGAGUCCUUGAGCUUCAUUGGCGGCUGUCCGAGCAGUUUGGGUGUGGAGGAUGGUCACACCAUAGCGGACAAGACUAGACACUAUAAGUUAUGUCAGCCUGUGCAUAAGCUGCCUGUUUGCAAACAUUUCCGAGAUUACACUUGGACCUUAACCACAGCUGCUGAGCUGAAUGUGACAGAGCAAAUCGUUCAUUGUCGCUGUCCCAAGAACUCGGUCACCUAUUUGACCAAACGUGAGCCAGUUGCUCCUGGCAGCGCUGCCUAUCGCUAUCUGUUCGCCUGCUCGCCUUUAACUCGUCUACGCUGUCAACGCAAACAGCCGUGUAAGCUUUUUACGGUGCGCAAACGUCAAGAGUUUCUGGAUGAAGUCAACAUCAACUCGCUGUGUCAGUGCCCCAAAGGACAUCGCUGUCCCAGCCAUCACACACAGUCGGGCGUUAUAGCUGGCGAGAGUUUUCUGGAGGAUAACAUACAAACAUAUUCCGGCUACUGCAUGGCUAAUGAUUAAGUUUAAGGCCCCCACCCCCCUCUUUAAGUUGAGUCGUGUGUACGUAAUUUUAAUAAACAUAUACAUAUGGUCUAUAUAUAGUUAAUAUUUAUAUAUGUCGACUGAGCCAAUUGAGUCUCGCCCACUAAACUAAAAUUAAAUCAGCUACAAAUACAUUUAAAGCGUGCGUGUGUUUGUGUGUGUGUGACUGUAUAAAGUUUGUUUGUAAAAUUUGCACAAAAGUACAUUUAAUAAAUAUUUAAUUAGUUCUAAGGCUCAGUUUGUUAUACAAAUCAAUUUUGUAAUGCAUAUUUAUAAAACGAAUUAUAACUGUAACAUAGCCAACACUAUACGUAUACUUAACAUACUUGUAUAUAUACAAAUACAUAUACAUAUACAUAUAUAUUAUUAUUAUACGCAGGUUCUAUAUAAUAGUGGAACAUUACAGCAACUUCAAAGAGUCAACUUUUAACUUGAAUAUAUAUCCAAUGUGUGCCAAACUAGAAUGCAGCUUUUUAGUUUUGCUUUAUUCAUUAUUCAUAAAACAGCACAAAGUAGUGGAAUGUAACAGUUUCAAACUGUCUCUAUUACGAAACACCCCCCCACCCACACAUAUUUUACAUAAUAUAAGCUUAAAUAGCAGGAGCAGCAGCAGUAGCAGCAGCAGCAAGUUACACAAAUGUGUUUGCUUUAAUGUUUUUAUAAAAAUUAAACAUAACUUUGCACUUGUAAACAUUUGUAGUUAAUCUUUAUUCCUUCUACUCUUAACUGUACUUGAGUAUUCGCGCAUAAUUUAAGUAUUCUUGUGUGUGCUUUUUUUUUACUUUUCAUUUUGUAUAAAGGCCAAAACGAGCAAAAAUAAAAUUUUAUUU